AUGUCUCUAACACCACCGCUACAAUCCGUGAAAACAGAACCAAAAAUCCUGACAUGUCUCUGGAACCAAUGCUUCAAAGUGUUUGAAGAUCCCGAAAUAUUAUAUCACCAUUUAGCGAAUGACCAUGUGGGCAGAAAGUCGACGGGAAACUUGUGUCUCGAAUGUCACUGGGAUAAGUGUGAAGUCCUUACGGCCAAAAGAGAUCAUAUUACUAGUCAUUUGAGAGUGCAUGUCCCGUUGAAACCGCAUACUUGUGAGACAUGUAAAAAAUCGUUUAAACGACCUCAAGAUCUAAAGAAACACGAAAAGAUCCAUACCGAAGAACAUCAGCAUCAAAUCUCAAUGCACAAAAACGAACGCAUGCAAAGAAGUCAACAACAACUUCAAGCUCCUACGCCACCAUAUUAUCGAUCAGAUCGUUCUUCGUCUGUUGACUCUACUGCCUCGUCACCACAUCAUGACCCGUUGUCGCCACAGAGUAUUGCGUCAAGUGGUUCAAAUCAUGAUAGCGUUCAUGCAUAUUCGUCACCAUAUUCACAAUCAUCGGAUUCAUUUCAAACACCAACGUUAGAAAAAUACGAAAUUAAUGACAAUGUCGCGCUUUUACAGUAUAAUAAUCUCAGUCCAGGUCUCGAUGCUGAACCAAGAAACUAUCCCAACAGCAAUAAGUUAGGAUAUCAUCGUCUAUCAGACAUUACUCCUCCGAAUAAUCGAGUGUCAAACAAGAGGGGACUUGAUGUGCUUGAUGAAUUGUGCUGGGAUGUAAAGAAACAACGGGUAGCCCCGGUCUUUAAUCAAGAAAUGUCGGAUAGACUCAACGAACUCGACUUUAUAUUAGAAACUGAAAACUUGUCUCUUCCAUCCGCAAUUCGUACCAAACAAGACUUGCAACAAUUUAACACCUUCUUGGCGACACUGAAUUCUCAAUGUGGUGGCGAAUUCUUGAAUCCGAAUGUGUUUGAUGAUCCGAUUAUUGGUGCAGAUGCAGGAGAUUUUUCUACUGGAUUGUUGACAGAUGUCACCACCUCCGCAUAUCCAAAUGUUGCUUCACUGACAUUACCUAUUGACGAUUUCGCGACGAAUCCUGAAAGUCUCUACCCGAGUUUGAAUCUGUCAAGUACUCCUACUAAUGCCACUUCGGCUGGACUCGCAAAUUCUGAUCUGUUUAUUAAUUAUCCUGAUGAUUUUAUUUAUCCAACGAUACCAAGUAUGACAUCAUCUCAAGAGUCAUCAAAUAUAUACUCGAGUAACAACAUUUCUGGAUUGAUGAGUCCACCAGAAGAAAAUAUUUUCCCGGAGGGUAUCAAUAAUGAACCUAACAUCAAUACGAGAAUUAAGCCUGAUUAUAUUAAUAAUCAGACCAAGGUGGAAUACCUCAUCGGCAAUGUCCCAAUUAUCUUCAAUGCGAACACGAAUGCACCACCGUCAAAGGAACCUUCUAUUGUAAAACCUACCCCUACACAAGGUCCAUACCUUUACAACAAGGAUAAAUCUGAUUCUAGCUCGCAAAUCACCGCUGCUUCACCUUCUUCGUCGACUCGAUUCGGUAAUAGUGCAUUCAAAAAUCUCAAAGUACAAAAGCAAGAAUCUAGCACCGAGACAACAACAUCGACAACACGAAAAGAACCGGAUCCAGUCGAUUUGUUAUCCAAAAAAAUUGCCAAUAUGGAAAUUGGAGACUCAUCAAAAAAUCAAAAACAAAAUGAUAGUUAUUAUCCUACGAUAUCUUUGCCCGAUGGCGAAGCAGCACGCAGACAAAAACACGCACAGCUUAUUGCCACUCUUUUCAGAAAAGUCAAUCAAAUGUAUCGAGAAAUGGACAAGUCUGAUCAACAUACUCCUGCGACUUCCAAAAAUGUCUUAGCAUCUCAACUAUCAAAAGAUAUUGGCGUAAAGAUUAAAACAGAAGAAUGUGCCUGA